AUGAAGCUCACCUACGACAGACAAUCGGUUAGGAUAAUCGUUGAGCCGGACUUCACCCUGCGGACCAUGUACAUUGCCUGCCCAAGAACAGAGAAUUUGAACCCCGGAGCCCUCAGUCGAUUCUACCCGUCUGGCCACGCGUUGUGGCCGAUUUUGUACAAGAAAGCGGCCGAUUUCGAAGAGUAUCAGGACGGUCGCGUCAAGGAUCCUCUCGGGGAAAAACUUCGUGUGAAGACCUCUGGACUCAAGCGGAAGCUUCCGACAGAAGUUUGCAAGGCGGUGAUGAACGAGUUGAGGAAGGAAUACGGCACAUAUAUGGCGAUGUGUGCUCGUUUUCGUCAUGCAAUCGUGGACGCAGAGCCUCUGCGUUGA